AUGCGACUGCAUCCAGUUGGGAUGUGUGUAGUCCCCCUUUUAUUUUUAGCCGUCUUUGUAAAUGUUUUGAUUAUAUUUCGAUACGACCCAACGCUCUUUUCUUAUACAGAAAUGCCCUUUCCCACGUCUCCAAAUAGAAACCCGAACUUCACACAACCGACAUAUGUUGGCGCAGGUAUCGACACUCGUCUCUUCAAUUAUGAGGGCGUCUGCCAACAAGUAUUUACAAACGAACCAAACAAUCCACGAGACUUGUGGCUUUCUGCAAUUGAAUUUACAAAGCCGGGGUAUUGGCAAUUCAUCAAAGAGUCGGUCUACUUCACUUUGGGCCUCCUCAAUUCGUCAUGCCCACGUACUACAAAAGUCCUCUUGUUAAUGUCUUCCCCACCAGACGACACUUUUGUGAGCGAAAUGCAAUCGUUUGGGCUUCAAGUUGUUCGCAUCGACGUGCAGUUUGAUGUACCGACGGAUGCGGUUUCUCGUCGUUUUUUUGUAUACAAAAAGUAUUUGUCUGAAUUAGUUGAGGACACGCGCGUAGCAGGAAAUCGCGUGGAGCGCUACAAAAAUUACAACAAAAUUCUUCUUUGUGAUUUUCGGGACGUCUACAUCUUCGCUGAUGUCUACGCGACGUUCUCUGCACAUGAAGUGAUUUUUGUUAUUGAGUGUCACACUGAGCGAUCGGGGUGUAUUGGCUUUGAUGAGUAUCACAACACAAAAUGGAUGAAUAGUGCGUAUGGUCCCAAUGUCACUCGAACGUUUGUUAGAAACAAUUAUAUAGUGAGUAAUGGAGGAAUGAUGAUGGGUGGGUCUUCUAAGAUCUAUCGUUAUAUCAAUAUCAUGACAAACGAAUUAAAACCUGAAAAGAUGCGACUUUGGGGAUAUGAUCAAUCGGUCCAUAACUACCUCCUUUACACCGGCAAAUUCGACGAAUUGAAUAUCACAAAAGAAUACUGCACACAACGAACGUGUUUCAGCGAAAGAGUCUCACUUGUCGUCGAUUUCAAGAGAAAGAUCCUUUAUACAAGAGAGACGGGGUGCGCUCCUGUUCUGAGACACAAAGUCUGGAACACUAAAUUGUUUUAUUCGGAACAUUGA